CUCCUCCUCUGCGUUCCCAACAGCAAUACAACCUGAUGGGUCCCCCCUCCCCCCAACAAAACAAGGUAAAGCCUGCAUCUGCAUGCCAAAAACCUCCAGAGUGCCAUCAUCCAUUCCUCGGCUGCAUCUGUCAUCCGUCACACAUUUGUCUAUUCUCUUAUAUGCGGACGCCCCGAAGCUUCCAGUGGCAUACUCUUACCGAGGCUAUACCACACCUGUCUGGAGCAUCGCAUUGACUCAUUACCUCUACCCUGACUGGGCUGGUAGACAAUUGGAUUCGCAUUAUCAUUAAAGCACACAGCUCAGCACAUCGGAUGCCAUCUCACUGCUUACAACCAAAAAGAAAGAAAGAAAGAAAAAAAAAACACGCACACCACAAAGCCAAAAUCACUCGAGUCUCUGAGAGGGAUCAUUGCGGCAUACUCUGUAACAAAAGAACAAGCAACACAUGCGUUCAUCCAUCCACUGAACAUGUGUGGACAGAAGCUUUGCAGGGACCCCCCUCGUAUUUAUGAGUUGAGUGUAAGGAGGGGCUUAAGGAGGACUUUUGUGGCCCGGCUGUGAAGGAAGACCACGGUGAUGCAACUUUCAAAAAAAACAAUCAACCAUAUAUGACCAGCCCGUUCAAGACCCGACAGAGGGCUCACCUCCACGCAUAGAAAAGUUUCUGGAUUAGGGCAGAAUUAGCACAAAGCAGCGACGCCACUCCAGCUACACUCGCAAGCGACUCAGAAGAGGCACGAGGGGGGACCGAGACACUCAAGCAAACGCCACCUCAGAAAACUUCAAACUCUGAUAGCGAGAGGCGGACGAGUCCAUCCCACAGAGAGAGAGCGAGAGAGAGAGAGGCAGAAGAGGCUCAGAGACGGCAGCAAAGAGGCAGGGGAUCUUUGCCGACAAGAUCCUGAAGGAUGGAAGAGAAGCAGUUUGCCGGGAUCCUGAACGGAGCAGUUCCAGGCGAGCCAGUGAAGAAAGAUGAAAACUCACGGAGAGGGAACUGGGGCAACCAGAUUGAGUUUGUCCUCACCAGCGUGGGAUAUGCUGUGGGCCUGGGCAAUGUCUGGAGGUUUCCUUACCUCUGCUACAGAAAUGGAGGAGGUGCCUUCAUGUUACCAUACUUCAUCAUGCUGGUGUUCUGCGGCAUCCCCCUCUUCUUUCUUGAGCUGUCCUUCGGCCAGUUUGCCAGCCAGGGAUGUCUGGGAGUAUGGAAGAUCAGCCCUAUGUUCAAAGGUGUGGGCUAUGGCAUGAUGGUGGUGUCCACCUACAUUGGGAUCUAUUACAAUGUGGUCAUUUGCAUUGCCUUCUACUACUUUUUCAUGUCCAUGACAAACUUGCUGCCGUGGACCUACUGCAACAACCCCUGGAACACGCCGGACUGCAGCGGUGUGGUGGGAAACAGCCUGGCUAAUGUUACCACAAGCCUGGUAGCGGGGGUUUCCGAGGUAGUCAAUCGCACUAAGAGGACCAGCCCCAGUGAGGAGUACUGGAAACACUAUGUUUUGAACAUCUCUGAUGAUAUUGGAAACUUUGGAGAGGUCCGUCUCCCUAUCCUGGGCUGCCUCGCUGUGUCCUGGCUUGUUGUCUUCCUCUGUCUCAUCAGGGGUGUUAAAUCCUCUGGAAAGGUGGUGUACUUCACAGCCACGUUCCCCUAUGUUGUUCUGACCAUCCUGUUUAUCCGCGGCAUCACCCUGGAUGGAGCCAUCAACGGCAUCAUGUACUACCUGACUCCACAGUGGCAGAAGGUCCUUGAUGCAAAGGUGUGGGGAGAUGCAGCAUCACAGAUCUUCUACUCCCUGGGAUGUGCCUGGGGGGGUCUUAUUACCAUGGCUUCCUAUAACAAAUUCCACAACAACUGUUUCAGAGACAGCAUCAUCAUCAGUAUAACCAACUGUGCGACCAGCGUGUAUGCCGGCUUUGUCAUUUUCUCCAUCCUGGGCUUCAUGGCUCACAACCUGAACGUCCCUGUGUCAGAGGUGGCCGACCACGGUCCAGGCCUGGCCUUUGUGGCCUACCCAGAAGCCCUUACUCUUCUCCCCAUCUCGCCACUUUGGUCACUGCUCUUCUUCUUUAUGCUGAUCCUUCUGGGACUGGGGACUCAGUUCUGUCUUCUGGAGACACUGGUGACGGCCAUCGUCGAUGAGAUCGGUACAGAUUGGAUUAUCAGGAACAAAACCGUAGUCACACUGUCAGUGGCAGUAGCUGGAUUUUUACUGGGCGUGCCACUAACAACACGGGCAGGAAUCUAUUGGUUGCUACUGAUGGACAACUAUGCCGCUAGCUUCUCUUUGGUCAUUAUCUCUUGCAUAAUGUGCAUCUGCGUCAUGUAUGUUUAUGGUCACAGGAACUACUUUAGAGAUGUUGAGAUGAUGCUGGGUUUCCCUCCUCCUCUCUUCUUCAAAGUGUGCUGGAGAUUCAUCUCCCCUAUCAUUAUCUCUUUCAUCCUGAUCUUCACAGUGAUCCAGUACAAGCCCAUCACCUACAAUGACUAUGUGUAUCCCCGCUGGUCUCUGGCAAUCGGCUUCGCCAUGGCUCUGUCCUCAGUGGUCUGCAUACCCAUCUAUGCCCUCUACAAGAUCUCAAGGUCCCCAGGAGCCACCUUCAGAGAGCGGUUGAAGAACGCCUGCAAGGCGCAUCCAAAGUGGGGUCCUGCCCUGCGGGAGCACCGGACAGGCCGCUACGCCCCCAUGGCCUCCGAAGACACUGUGGAAGCUCGUCCAUUCAAGGAGAAGGAGGAGCUGAAGGAAGAGCUGAAGGAGGAGGAGAAGGAGAGGAAGGAUGAGAUCAGCCUCACCAUCCAGGGAAGCAACGGCUCCACCAACACACACAACAACCCCAACCCUAGCGCAUAGACGGCACCGUGCUCUGUCAGCGCUACCGGGCGUGGGCCCCUCGUGCUCCACCAUCUCCUCCUUCUCUUCCUCCCUUCUCCUCCAUCCUCACCCCACUUUCCCACAGUCCUCUGUGGGGGAGAUCCCAUUCACUGGAGACCUUUACAUAUUGUAAGGGCUUAUUAUAUCUAUCCUAACCUCUUCUAUCUGUCAGUGUGUUGUCUCUAGAUAAACGAAGAAGAAGAAAAAAAAUGAAAGGAAGAAAAAAUUGAGUCAUCAUCCAAAAGAUUUGUGUGUAUGUUAGUGUGUGUGUGUGGGUGGGUUGUCAAGUUGUUACACAUAAUUUAAUAAUGCAGUUUGUUUUUCCUUUCCUUUUUUGUAAAACGUGUAUAUGUCAUCUUCAUAUGCAGUUAGAGGUACAGUAGAUUGUGAUGCUGCAUGUGUUUGUUUUGUGCAUGCAGCAACAUAGAGACACACACUGUUUUCCUUUAUUCUCUUAGCUGGGUCUGUUCGGGAUUGGCGACUUUCUAGCAGCAGUGAUUUGACAGCUGGAGACUCGUUGUUUUGUGAUGCGACACACUGUGGUGCUGUAACAAAGAGGAGCUGGGUGAACUGUGCCUGUACUGGCCAUUUACAGUUUGAUGAUGCUGAAAGAUGGAAAUAGGCUCAAUUCUAUGGCCAGAAAAAGAGGUGGAUACACUCAUUCACACUCAUGCACUCACACUAUUGUACAUUUUACAGCACACAGUGACCUCAACCAUAGUUUAUCUCAGCUUAAGACUAAGCCUGUUGUUUUUUAUGCUGCUUCUUCUUUUAAAAAAAAAAAAAAAAUCUACAGAGCACAAGUAUUUAACAAACACCCGAGAUGGCGACUGACACUUAGGACUGAUUUUUCUGUAGAACUUUCCUCCAUUUUUAACUUUUUUUUUCCACUAAAGCUGCUUAAACUCAAUAGAGGAAUAUCAGUGAACUGUACUGUAUUCUGCCUCUGCAUUCACACACACACACACACACACACACACACACACACACACACACACACACACACAAAACAUUUGUUUCCAUUUUUUUUUGACAGAAGAGAGCCCAGUAGCCAUUUCUCAGGGUCCAAGUGAAGUUAAACGUUGUGGUUUAUUGUUGUUCCUUGCCUGUGGAAACCUUUUCUCCACUAAGGUUGCCUGUUAAGAUUAUAGGGACUGAAACCACCUAACUUUCCCCGCUGUCGAAACAAAAACAAACACCUACACACACACCUACACACACACACACACACACACACGCACAAAACAGGUGGAUGCAACACUGUAUGUCGAAGUGCCAUCUCUUCUUAAGUCUUCCAGGCAUUCUUUUUGAGUGAAAUGCAUCUUGGGAUGUGGUCUAUGAAGGAGGAUCCGGGCUAGAGGAGGUAGCUAGUGAAAGGAUCAGGCGGCGUUGUAAUAGUCUGUGUCUCCCGUGGGUUGUAGCAAUCUGCCCCCGUUUUGUUACCAAAAACAUUACCUGAGUUACCUGAGUCCUGCACAUGUUUUUGGUAACAUAUAUACUGUAUAUCUCAGAGAGACUGCUACGGCUUCUCUUACAGUCAGUGGAACCUUUAAUGUAUUUACAGGCAUUUAUUUUUAAAGCUCUGAGCCAAGCUGCGCUUAGACAGACAGAAAGCGGCAAGAUGCAGCUUGUUUCCAGAAGAAAAAUCAGUGAAUAAUGUAGUUUUAAAUGUAGCUGUAUAGUAUUGUUCACUCAGUAGAAGUCUCCUUUUUACCUCUCAUUAUUGUAAAGUAACUUAGUAAAUAAUUAUAAAGACAGCAUAUGUUUAUUUUGUACAAAAAAAAAA